GAGCCGGUGUUUGACUUUCAAGGGUUCUUGGUCCAACUCCGAAGUCGGUCGGCGGAACCUAUCCAGAAGUAUCUGAAGAGUUUCCUGGUCUCGUUCGCGAAACGGCCUUUUACUAUCAACGACCAGAUCAAGCUCAUUCACGAUUUCCUCGAGUUUAUCGCUGAAAAGAUGAGGCAGACGGAUCCGUGGAAAGGUCAGAGCGAAGCAGAGUUUGAGCAGUCGAUGGAAGCGAUGGAGAAAUUGGUCAUGAAUCGGUUAUACACCUACACAUUCUCACCGAUGAUCGAUCAUUCCGUCUACCCAAUCACGACGGACGACCUAGAGAAGGAUUUCGUGCUCAGCGAGCGGAUACGAAUCUUCUCAUGGGUACGAGAGAAGCACCUGGAUGUGCCAGAGGGAGAGGCGAGUCAGGGUUUCUUGGCUUUCGCUGAACAGGGCUCCGGUCGCAUAGAGUUGCUCAAGAUCAAUCAUUACAAGGCGCCUAGAGAUAAAAUGAUCUGUAUCUUGAAUUGUUGCAAGGUCAUCUUCGGAUUGAUCCGUCAUGUAGCUGGAUCGGACAACACAUCGGCCGAUGCUUUUCUGCCGAUCUUGAUCUUCGUGGUUAUACGGGCGAAUCCCGACAAUAUGAUCUCAAACAUAGAGUACAUCAAUCGGUUCAGGUCAGCGCAGCGCCUUCAAGGAGAGGCCGGGUAUUACCUGUCUAGUCUGGGAGGCACAAUCUCCUUUAUCGAAACGAUGGACGCAUCGGGCCUGAGCAACAUCACACGGGAAGAGUUCGAGGAGAAUGUCGGGCGAGCCGUGGCAGAGAUGCCGCCAGCAGAACCAAGGAACGCCAGAGGACCGCAGGGGCCGAAUAGCGCGUCCACUGUCAAUGCGGCUUGGUCGAAUACAGCGGAAGGAGAGGAACCAGCACGCGAUUUGACAUCGUUGCCGGGCAAUAUCGCUCUCGAUACCAAACGGUUCUUCCAGCGUACGGGCGAGUUUGCAACGGAAGCCGUUUCACGGCCGCUGAGCGCGUUGGGCAAAAUGAUUGAGAGCAUCGGAGGUACAGCAGAUGAAGAAGGAAAUGACUACCCAGGUUCAGCUUACCGUCAGCCAUCGUAUCGGGGAGGAGACCGAGGAGAAACGCCCCGGACACCCAGCUUCCAAAAUCGGAUACGUGCCCCUCGACCGGUCUAUCGAAGUCCAUCUGGUCAAGGUCAGAAAUCUCUGCCCACCGCAAGUCCGCUUGGGGGUCUGAUGACCCCAUCUGAUGACCCAACUUUCAACUUUACCGAAUUGACCGCCGAAAUCGAUCGGAAUACUACGACGGCCCGACAAGCCGGUAUCGAUACCCUACACCAAAUGUUCCCUGACAUCGACCGCGAGAUCGCGGGCGUUAUCCUGGACAGCUGUCAAAAUGACCUUGGUCAAGCGAUCGAUCGGUGA